AUUCAGCGAAAGCUCCUUUUGUUGUCGUGUUAUUUCAAAUCAAAGUCUGAUUUAUUUCCACUUUUUCUUUCUCUGCGCUGACAAAGCUGUACAAUACUGUCGAAAGGAGAAUGGCAGCAAAUAAUGGGAAAUGGGAAACAGUAGUAAAUAAAAAGAAAAGCCAAGUUACUAAAUCUGAUGUUAAAAGAGCCCAACAAAAAUUUAUCCAGGGAGAAAAAGUGCCUAAAAUCGAAAUAAGAGAUCCAAUCAAAUUGGAUAAAACAUCUUAUGCUGCUGGAUUUGAAAGCAAACGAUUAAAUGAAAGCGAAUCAGAUGAUGAAAAAUACCCAUCAAGAGUUCCAUUUGAAAGUGUUGAAAAUCUUCCAACAAGGUCUCCCAGAAAUAUUUCAAAGAAGAAAGAAAAGAAAAACCAAAAACAACUGCCUAUAUUUGAUAUGAAUGCGAAGAUGAAAAAGAUUGAUAUUGCAGCUUUAAAACAACAAAUAUCUGAUGUAAAAGACAAGUUUCCAUCUCACCAAUUGAUUUGGUUAAAAGAGAUUGCUGGCUGGCUACAUAUUCAGUUAUCUGGACCUCACGAAAAGGGAGAUCUCGCAUAUCUUAACAAACCAUCAGAUUACCCAUUGGAUGAAGUCCCCAAAGAUAUCCAAAACGUACUGCUUCAAUUAAUAAAAGGCUGUGACAUUAAAGUUUUAAAUAGUUUUUUUUGUUAUUUACUGGCAUCCUUAAUUACAGAAGUUCAGCAAGCACAUGCUACUGUUGCUGAUCGUCUAUUAAUUCAACUCCUCUGCUCCGUUCAUACCAAUGUUGUUGGUGAUAACUGUGAUGAAGUUGUUGCGGGUAAAUCGAGAAACGGGGACUCCUAUUUAGCUGUUAUUUGGGCAUUAUCACAAGGAAAAGGAAGUGUUAAGCAAGGAUUAGAAAUAUGGUGGUCAUCAAUGUAUUCAGUUUUGGACAAAAAGCAUCAUGCAGCAGCAUCUAUCGCUUAUCUUACCAAUCUAUUACAGAGAUGCAGCAAAUCGAAGAUUGAAAAGCCUUAUAUAAGUCCUGAUCAAAUGAUGCAGUUAUUGGAAGUGAUCGUGAGUGAAAAAUCUCCUUUAGUCCAUACACCAAGUUUGAUGGACACUCUCAAGAAUCAUUUUGACCAGUUAACAAGGCUGUUAUUAGGUGAUAGUCCACAAGAGCAUGCUAAAAACGUGUUCACUAAUCUUCUUCCUGUUUUGCGAAACCAAGAAGACUCUAAUAUGAAAGAUACUGUGUGUCAACUUCUCGUCCACUGCUUGAUUUUGAAUAAUCAAUGUUUGGAAUGGUGGCACAACAAUUUUGUUCAUCACCUAAGAGAGUCCAGUAUACUGCUAAAGUACAUCAAGGACAACUCUGAUGCUAUCAGUCAGAAGUUUUCAACAACCAAACAAUACAGAUCAAAAAAUGUUCUUCUAAAUACAUCCACACGGAUGCUGGCUUCAUUGGCAAAAGUAAACGAACGGGGAAAGUUUGAAAAAAAAGCUGGCUUUAAAGAUUGUCGAAAAUUGUGUUUGGCUUUGCAACGAUCUGAGACACAACGCAAACAAAAAUCGUCUUCGCUAUGGAGCGCGAUAAAAUUAAUUCUUUUGCUACUGCUUGGGCUUACUGCUGUGGAUGUUUACGUCAGCGGUGGUUACCGUGCCAGCCAUACUGGAUUUUACUUAAAAGAAUAUGGCAUUGAAGCGAAAGCUAUUGUAGCCUUCGAGUAUACCCAAGAAGUGACCGACUCUAUGACGAGAUAUUGCCAGAAACAUGUACCGCACUAUUAUAGUAAAGUAAGCAAGUAUGUCGACCCUGUCAUCGAAACGACAUGGCAAUACAUGGUCGUCGCUGGAAAGUUUGUUUACGAAAAAAGUGAACCAGUGAGAGAAUAUUUGAAUGAAGUCGUGCCACCAAUUCUUGAGAAGGUCAGCUUUUUCCUUACUGAACAAUACCGCAUCCUAUCGACUUACGCACUUCAACUGUUACAUACUUACUGGCCUAUCAUCGUGGAACACUUUAAAAGCAUGUACGAUUAUUUAUCAACUACAAUUCCUUUGCUAUUCAAGAAUUUUCAACACGCAGUGGCAACCUUAAGUCAAAAGAUUUAUUCGGUGAAUCCUGGAUUCUUCGACAACGUAUGGAAUAGCGUGCUGGAUUUGUGGAAAUAUAUAGUCAAAAUGACGCCAGUUGCUGUAAAUGCUGUUACAGUUUAUGCCAACCAGUGUGUGAACGUAACACGAAAUGUGUUUAAUCAUGGGCAAACAUGGGUGCAACAACAUUUGGGAAAUGCCAACCCAGUUGCUUCGACGUGAAAGGCUUUGGAAAAAUAUCGAUUGUUCAUGUUGAACUGAGCUGGGAAAUUUAAAGAUGUACGGAAAGAUAUGUGUGCUGUUUUAGUUAGGGAAAUUUUUUAUUCAUGCUUUUUUCAUAUUUUAUGGAAAGAAAAAAAUAAUUUUUUUAGAUAAAAUCCAUAUUGUAUUUUUGGAAUUAUUUAUAAAAUAGUGGCUUCUACAAUUA